UGAGAGACUGCGUGAUUUGGGCACGCACUGGGCGAGACCUGACGGACAGAUGACGGCCCGAGACUGCUGCUACUGAGUGAAAGCAAUAACUAGCCUACAUCACGAUUACAGGCUUACUAAAGAUACAUUCAGAAGCAAUGGGCGAAUUCAAGAUGGAUGACCUGUCUGCUACCAGGAAUAAAGGUGACACAGCAGAAGUUAUCACUAUACCAGAAAACGGUUUGCUACCGGAAGUCGAAAAGAUUACAGUAGAGUAUGCAGAUAUACCAAAGAGGUUGCUAUUCAAUGUUUCUGAUCGGACACCAUUUCACAUGGCUAUUUUCUGUGCCUUCCAGCAAGUUUUGAUAGUGUUGUCAGGAUCGUUAGCCGUAUCGUCGUUCGUGGCGGACGCAGCAUGCGCUGAUGAGUUCCCAGACAUAAAGGCAGACCUGCUCAGCUCCACUAUGUUUAUGAGUGGCCUCACAACUCUCCUUAUGGUUUUGAUUGGUUUUAGGUUGCCCGUGUUUCAAGUAUCAUGUGCGGACUAUGUUAUACCUUUGAUGGCCAUACGAUCGCUCAAUAAGGAUUUAUGUCAUAUUUCAGAUUCACAGAUAAACAACUUCACCAUAUCAAAUGGUAGUUAUAUUCCAAUAAAUGAAACAAUGAACAUUGUUGAUCUGAAGAGGGAACUUGCAUUUUCUAAGCUUCAAGAGUUUCAGGGUUGUCUGAUCCUGGUGGGCGUGAUUCAUUGUCUUGUCGGGUUGACGGGUACAGUUGGGUUCCUCCUCCGGUUCGUCGGACCAAUCACCAUAGGUUGUCUGAUCCUGGUGGGCGUGAUUCAUUGUCUUGUCGGGUUGACGGGUACAGUUGGGUUCCUCCUCCGGUUCGUCGGACCAAUCACCAUUGUACCUACUAUUUUACUCAGCGGUAUAUUUCUGUCCAGAGCGACCGCCAAAUUUUCAAAAGCUCACUGGGGUAUAUCUAGUGUGACGGCCGGGACAGCAAUACUGUUAUCACUUUACCUUGGAAACAAGAAGAUGCCUUGUCCAGCAUGGUCCAAAGCAAGAGGUUUUUACUGGUACUGGUAUCCUUUUCAUCAAGUAUUUUCGAUUUUGAUCGGUAUAUUGGUUGGAUGGGGGAUGUCGGCCAUCAUGACUGUGACAGGAGCAUUGACGAACGAUCCGGAUAAUUCUCAAUACAUGGCGCGUAUUGAUGCACGAUCAGGGAUCAUUACUAUGGCUACCUGGUUCAAAAUGCCUUAUCCAAAUAGGUUCGGGCCGCCAACUUUUAAUGCUGGUAUUUUCAUCGCAUUCCUUAUCGCCACGGUCACUUCAAUCCUUGACUCCAUCGGCGAUUACUACGCAUGUGCGAGAGUGUGUAACGUGCCACCUCCACCACGACAUGCCGUCAACCGGGGGAUUGCCGUCGAGGGGUUUGGUAGUAUUCUUUCCGGGUUAUUUGGUUGUGGUCACGCAACUACCACUUCCGGCGGAAACAUCGGGGCUUUAGGAGUAACAGGGGUAGCUAGUCGAGAUGUGUUUUGGUGGGUGUCCUUGAUCUACAUCGUGUUCGGUCUCGUUGGGAAGGUCUCGGCUGUCUUCAUUACCAUUCCAGUACCUGUCCUAGGUGGCGCCAUGAUAAUAAUGUUCGGAAUGUUAAACGGUAUCAUACUCUCUAAUCUGCAAGUAGUGUCUCUAUCCUCCACUCGAAACCUAGCAAUCAUCGGGACGGCUCUGCUUGUAGGUUUGAUGGUACCUUAUUGGCUGGAGGCCUUUCCCGACGACCUCAACACAGGGAGUCAUUAUUACGACAACAUUUUGAAAACUCUUCUUGUCAGUCCGAAUUUGUGUGGAGGAAUACUUGCCUGUUUUCUAGACAACACUGUACCAGGUACAUUGGAUGAGCGAGGUAUAACAGCAUGGCAGAAUCCAAGCAAGGGAGACAACUUGUUCCAGUAUAGUGAAGGACUAGAGGUGUACAACCCUAUUAUACCAAAAACGUGGAUGAAGUCAAGAGUCAUGAAAUACAUUCCGUUUUUUCCGUAUGAGUCGAAACAGGCGGUCAACAUCAAUGGCCAUACUGAGUAAACAUCUUUAAAAACAUGUAGUUUUUCGUAAAUUCGAAUUUGGACAUUUCGACCAAUAUUCUAACACUACCGGACUUGUCUGUAAAAGUAGCACAUAAGCAUAUUGUAUCCAAGAAUAUCUAUAGAAAGAUGGAGUAUAGCACACAAAACAAUAUGGUAUCCAGGAAUAUCUAUAGAAAGAUGUAGUAUAGCAAACAUAAUAAUAUGGGAGUAUAGCACACAUGAUAAUAGGGUAUCCAGGAAUAUCUAUAGAAAGAUGGAGUAUAGCACACAUAACAAUAGGUAUCCAAAAAUAUCUAUAGAAAGAUGGAGUAUAGCACACAUACUUAUAGGGUAUCCAAGAAUAUCUAUAGAAAGAUAGAGUAUAGCAAACAUAAUAAUAGGGUAUCAAAGAAUAUAUAUAGAAAGAUAGAGUAUAGCACACAUAAUAAUAGGGUAUCAAAGAAUAUAUAUAGAAAGAUAGAGUAUAGCACACGCAUUCAAACUUGUUUUGGUCCGAUGUUAAUAGUUUGCCUGUUAUGUUUAUAUAAAUUACUGUCUAAAAAUACUUAACGUUUUAGAAAUGUUUUGUUUUCAGCAACCUUAUUCAAUAAAUUCUACUGAAUUGGAAAAAAAACGUGCUGAUUUAGUAAACAAAUUCAAAGAGAACUGUCUCAUUUAAAGCAUAUCAACUAAUCUGAUUGGGAACCUGCACUCCUGCCGCGCUCAGUAUUCUAAUGUCUGAAAACGGAAUCUGAUAAAUCUCAACUUAGCACGGUUAAGGAAAAAAUGACUCCAGAAGCAGUUGUGUAUUUUUCCAAAUGAAUGUUUAGCAUUCGGAGAGAUAAAAACGGUCAGAUAGACACAAAGACAGGAAGAUAAGUUUAUCGAAAGUGGGCGAUUGUAAGUGGUUAGACAUACUUUUGAUUAAGGUUUGAAAUGCAUCUGUUUAACAUUUGUUAGGGAAUGUAACACAGU